ACGUUCAGAGAGGAUGGUGCAUGAGGGGAUUUCCUUCUCCUCUCAGAGCCCUGGCUCUGCAGGAUGGGCCUGAGCUCCUCCAAGGGGCACCCCAAGGUGACCAAGGUGGCCCCGGUGCCUGGCCAGGGGGAUGUGCCCGCUCUGGCUGCCCUGCACCGGCUCCCCAGCGUGCCAGGACAGCCCAGCCCACACAUCCCCCCGAGUGGGGCACCGUGGGGAAAGCCCAUCUUCCACCUGGAGCUUCCACCUCUCCGGGAGACCUGGUACGGGAGAGCCUCUGCAGGGCCCCUCUCUUUGAACACCGUGCCGGGGAAGGAUGGAACCAGCAUCAUCAAACAGCACCCGCCUCGAAGGCCUCAAAGGCUUGAACCUGCCAUCCCUCCACAAGCAAUCCCUCCUGCAAAGCCCUGGAGUCAGCAAGAAGUGGCUGCAAGCCCAAAAUCAAAGGUGCUGGAGAAGAGAGGGCAAAGCCUGAACCCCCUCCCUGGCAGGAGGCAGCACUUGCACAAGCUUCAGAUGCUGGACUUGACCCGCAAGCGACGAGAGGCGGAGCUGAAGCGGAAUCUCCACAGGGAGGCGAAAAUCAAUAAGCAAAAAACCAAGCAAUUCAGCCCCAAGGAUGUCCUUGGCACUCCCCAGAGAGGCGACAGUGCCAGAAGCCGAGACCCCAUCCCUGCUGAGAACAAUCAGCAUUUUCAUGAAGACCACCCUGGAAACACGUGGGGUGGAGGACUCUCCAGGCAGCCUGACAGGGCUGAACUCUCUCCAGACAGGAGUGGGAAGGUUGACCUGUGGUUCUUCAUGGAGCCACGGGCAAGGGAUCUGUUCUGGGACUCCUCCAGCACAGGGUCAGACGAGUGGGAGAGGGAAGAGAAGAUUCCCUGCAAACCCACGCUUGUGAGAACCAAGACAGAGAGAGUUUCCCUCUUUGAUGACUUCUUUGACAGGGAUUUCUAGUGGCAUGGCUUGGGCUGUGCCAAAGAAACGAGCCCCAGCUCCAGUGGGGCUGGAAUCCUCCCAGGUGGAUGGGCUGAGGCUGGAGACACAGUGCUGGCUGUACGUGGAAUUCCUGCCAGCCUGAGCCAGUGGAAAGGACAGCUGGAAACGAGGAGCUUGCUGAUGUGGGGUGGAUAGUGACCCUCUGGGUUGUGUGGCUGAAUCAAAAUAUCUGGGGAAAAAUGCCUUGGGUGGAGCAACAGGGAAAUGGGGGUUGAAAGAAGAGAAGGGGGCUGGCAAAAAAACCGCAAGCGAAAGCUGGGAAAAGUUCUGGGUUAACCCCAAAUAUUAAAUUUCAACUGAAAUGAAA